UAAUUUUGUACUUCUGCAUCCUGUGUUAGAGUUAUCGUUCGUUGUGUGAAAAAGGCGCAAAGAAUGCACGCUUGUUUUUGUUCUACCAUGUGAAUGUGAACAUGAUCGCUGAGAAAGUUGGUCAAGCACCUCGUUUUCUUACGGCGAACUUAUGCUGAAAUAAAGACCGUAAACUAGCUGUCGAGUGUUUUGUGGUAAAUACGAUGGCAGCAUAGUAAGAAAACGAGAUUGACAGCUUUCAAGAUGCAGAAUUCCGAGGAUGUCCAGAGCGAAGGGACAGGAAAGAGGACACGGGUUCUCACGGAAAGAGCACAGGAAAAUCACACAGCCCAAGUAAGAAAAUAUGAAAGAACUCUGAGAGAACUGAAACACCAGAUAGAGGAAGAGACCCUAAUAUACCAAGAGCUACAAGAUUACAGUGAUGUAAUAGUUCUUGACCAGUGUCUGAGGAGAACUGAGUCGGCGAUAUCCAAGUAUUCAAGGAUUUCACAGGAUUUCAUAGACUUUCUUAAAAGAGCAAACACUGAGGAAACACUUAUGCAAGCCUCAACAGAGCGUUUCAUCAGAGAAACUGUUAUUACAAAAACCGAAAUCUUUCUUCAACACAUUCAGAAAUCGAUAUCAAAGACUAAAGAAAUGCAUCCAGAAAACUCAGAAUUUGCUAUCUCACAAUUAGAACCCCAACCUAGUGUUAAUCCCAAAAUUGAACCCCAGUCAAUGUUAACAGAUCCUAGAUCACACCUACUGAAUACUUCCAAAGUAAAGGCGCCAAGCUCAGCAGCAAAUUCUCGACGUUCCAAGCACAGCUCAAGCGUUUUCAGUUCCUUGUCGUCUUCUGGCUUGAUAAUGCAACAAAGGGCAAAGGCUGAGGCAGCAAAGGCCAAACUUAAAUUUGUCAACUUAGAAGCAAACUUACAAAAUGAACUCGUGGUUCUCACAGCCCAGAAAGAAGCAGCUGUAGCAGAAGCAGAACUGAAUGCCAUGCUCGAAGAGACUGAAGGAUCCAGCGUUGAAGAUCUAAGUGAAAUUCAACAAGAAAGGACAAAGAGCUUUGUCCGCGAGCAGAAUCUUGCACUACAUUCGAGUGAGCAUAUUCCGAGCCAAAUCAUGCCUGCAUUGCCUGAAGACAUUGGAUCACUUGAGCCUCAGCCAGGCCAAGUUCCUACAAAGGGGCCUCUACCAGGCCAGUUUAGUUUCACUAGUAUGCUUAUCCCAGGUCACGUUGACAUCUUGCCUCCUCCUCCGGAACAAGAGCAUAGACAUUAUAAAUCGACACCGAUGAAUCCUAACGCACCUUCUUUCUUGCCGGAACUAACACCAUCUAGACUCGUCAAUGAACCUGCACAGAGCAAUUAUCAAAAUCAUGGGAUGGCUAGUGAGUUGACCAAGUUUUUGUUGAAAAGGGAUCUUCUUAUGUCCAGAUUCUCAAGCUUCAAUGACAGACCUGAGAAUUAUUCCCUUUGGAAAACCUCAUUUAGGGCUGUAGUUGGAAGUAACGCCGCUGGAAGAGUCCGAUCUACUGGUUAA